AUUAAAACAAAGAUUCUUCACUUAAGCCCGCCUUAAUAAUGUAAAUGAAAUGACAUUUGAGCUCUGUGUAACUUAAUGUAAUCCUGGAUUACAGUUUCAAGAUGUCUGUCAUCUUAUUUGACCAAUCAUCUGUCAAAGAUGAUGAAGCAAAAUGUUCGUGUGUUGUUAAAGAUGUUUUGAAGACAAACGGAGAUCGUUUUAUCCUUACUUUGCCUUCUUCUUCCACUUUUGCAAACCUGUAUUCGGAGGUUGGCAAAAAAGUUCAAUACGUUAGUGGAACCUUCAACCUCGUCUUCGUCUGCACCAAGAAAGUCAAGGAUGAAUAUGAAGCUCAUUCGGAAGUGGAAAUUGGUGAGGAGGAUCAGCAUCACCUGGAUUCAACACUCAGCACAACUUCGAAAAAUUUUCUGGAAAUUCGCGAAAAACUUGGAGUGGCUGUAGAGAUGGUAUACCCAAGUACUAUUUUAGAGGACAUGGGCCCAGCCACUUCUAGUAGUUGUGGAGGAUAUAGAGUUGAUUCAGAAAGUCACAUGCAUAGGAGGAUGGCUGUUUCCUCACCUGACACAGAUAAGUUAAACGAACACAUUCGUCAAAAAGCUGACGAAAUGGCUUCUAAUCGCCUCUCCAAUGCCUCCAAGUGUCCAACAGAAAACGACGAACCAAAAGAUGUUCGUUUUGUCGGGCUUGUCAACCAAGCUAUGACAUGUUACCUCAACAGUCUCAUACAAACUCUUUACAUGACUCCUGAGUUUCGGAAUGCAAUGUACAAAUGGGAAUGUCACAACCAAGAUGACACAACAAGUAGCAUCCCAUAUCAACUGCAACAUCUGUUCCUUCUCCUUCAAACUUCCAACAAGGAGUCAGUAGAGACAACUGGCCUCACUAGAAGCUUUGGUUGGGAUAGUAGUGAAGCUUGGCAGCAGCAUGAUAUACAAGAGUUAUGUCGUGUUAUGUUUGAUGCGUUGGAAAAUACAUUCCAAGGAACAGAUCAAGCUGAUUUGAUCAAACGGCUUUAUGAAGGAACAAUGAAGGAUUACGUCCAAUGUUGUGAAUGUCAUCAUGAAAGCGCAAGGAACGACACGUUUCUUGAUGUCCCGAUCACCAUACGACCGUUUGGUGCAACCACAAGCUACAAAUCUGUUAUUGAAGGUUUGAAUGCAUUUGUUGAACCAGAGACACUGGACGAGAGCAACCAAUAUUACUGUGAGAAGUGUGACAAGAAAUGUGACGCAAAGAAAGGGUUAAAGUUCACCAAAUUCCCAUAUCUUCUGACACUUCAGCUGAAGAGGUUUGAUUUUGAUUAUUCGACCAUGCAUCGAAUCAAACUCAAUGAUUGCAUGCAGUUCCCACAAAUACUAAAUCUUAAUUCUUUCACAGAAGAUACAAGCAAGGACACUACAUCUUCAUCGACGGAUGAUGAUCCAGUAAAUAAUGAGGAGAUGGAUGACUUGUGUGAGGAGAAUAAAGAACAAGUUGACGAGGAAGACACAAGCAGCCACGACAGCGGGCACGACCCCGAUCGUAAUCUUCCUGGAGGUUCCAACGGUGUCGGGAUGAAUGAGCAAUCCAGUGAAGAGGAGGCGAGCAGCGUGGAUGAGGGGAUCGACUUUGAAUCCCAACUCUCCCAUCGAAGGAAGAGGAGGAACAGUUGGUGGUUGAAUGAUGAGGAGGCGCUCGUGGACUCCUAUCUUCAGGAGGGACCGUAUGUUUACGAAUUGUUUUCAAUCAUGAUUCACUCUGGCAGUGCUGCAGGUGGCCACUACUAUGCUUAUAUUAAGUCAUUUGAAAACAACAGAUGGCAUAGUUUCAAUGACCAGAUUGUAUCCUCGAUUACCAACCUUGAUAUUGAGAAAACAUUUGGAGGAGUAAGUUACCCACGUACGUCAUCAUCGUAUUACUCAACAUUUUCAAGUUCCAGUUCUACAAAUGCUUACAUGUUGAUGUAUCGACAAAUAAACAAACAAAGAAAUUCCAUGUUCAUGGAAACAACGGAGCUUCCAUCUCACAUCCAGGACCUUGUUCAUAGAGAAGAAGAGGAGGAGAGGUUGAGGAUCAUGAAGAUAGAGCAGGAGAGGAAUAUGUGUAGCAUCAGAUUAUUUUUACGCCACCCAUCACUUGUGGGCCACCUGGUACAACCAAUACUUGAUAAGACAUUUGAAUUCCACAAAGACACGACAUUAGUUGAUGCUGUCAAGCAAGCUCAUAUGCUUAUGAGAAUAAAGAGCGAGGUGGUUCCAGUUGACCGAUGUCGUUUGGUAAAGUACGAUCACAUUAACGAUGUGCUUGACCGAUCUUACGAUAUUGACAGCGAGGAUGGAGAAAAAACUCUCAGCCAGUUGUUGGGUGGUCCUCGCAACUCGUACCUGUUUGAUUUACUCCUGGAAACAAGAGAUGAAGGCGAGAAGUUUGAAAAAUAUGAAUGUGGUGGAGUUACACUGAAAAUAUUCCUUGCUGAUCCAGAAGCACUGAACCUCCAUGAGCAAGUUACGAUCCGUGUGACUGAGCAACAGACUGUGCUCGAUAUGAAGACUCGCAUAGCUGAGAAACUGAACCUCUCUCUUGGUUCAAUGCUGGUUGUUCAUGAAAGAUAUCGUGGGGAGUGUCAUAUACUCACCAAGGAUUCUAAAACAUUAAAAAGUGAAGGAUUCUUCAGAAGUGCCAAACUUUAUGUUGAUUUGAUGACUGAAGAGGAAAGUUCUUCAGACUCUUUGAAGCUGGAGGACACUCGUCUAUGGAACAUCCUUGAUAAGAUCGCUAAUCUUCUUACAAUCAACAUCGUUUUACCAUCAGAGGUGACUGAAUACUUCGACAACAUGCAGCAAGCCAUGGAGAAAACCAACCUGGAUUCCAAAUUAAAUGGACAAGCUUCAUCUUCAUCAAGUGAUGAAGGGGUGGGGUCACUUGGUGACAGUAGUGGGAAUUCCUCGUCACCACCCCAAAAUCCACCUGAGGCAGUAGAGAGCAUGAAUGAUGAUGAAACAAUGGAUUCAAACUGUGGCGAAAUUGAAAGUUUUUGGCAAAUUCCCGAACUCAGCCACGAAGAUCAAACUAAUGAAGGGGAAAGGAGACGGAAUAAUAGUUAUGAUAACGAUUCAAUGUUGUCUUCUGUGCUAAAUGAUCUGCCAGGGAAACUGCAGAAGAGAUUUGAAGAAACAGGCUACAUGAUCCCUGCCUCCCCCACCAGUUCAUUGAAAUGCAACUCCUCACAAUCUGACCCUCCAUCUCUUAUGACUGACAUGGAGUUUGAUGAGAUGGCGAAUGAAAGUUUUGACGCCUCAAAUUAUAAUGAUGAUGUAGAGCAAGUGUUGUCCGUUGAAAGCGAAGGAAGUAGUUUAAGCACCUCGUGUUCCACGUUGGGCAGCACUGACACCAUAUGCCACCCUGUUGAAGGCCCAUGCCACGGCCCAGAGAUGUCCCCCGCAGAGGUUGUUCGUAAGUCAGUUGACGUCAACCAGAGCGAAGUCGUGGCACCGUGCCACUGCCCCAAGCCACUUGCCACGGGUUUGCCAAAGUACUCAACAGGGAAAUGUUACCCUGGACAUGUUGUACAAUGUGCUGCACUGGAACCUACAUUGGAUUACACCAAGGCACUGAUGUACGCUGACAGUGAUUCAAAUACCACGGGUGAUCCAUCAAUAACAGACAACAGAACCAACCCCGAUGGGACAGGUGACGCACAUGUAUGUGCCCAUAAACCAAAACAAUUACCCAUAGUUACAAACGAGCCUGUAAAAUCAGUCAUGUGGAACGAUAAUGUAAGUGUGGCUCCUGACGCCACAAGGGAGCCGUGCGACUCGUGCCAUGAAAAAUCUACAGCACCAAGCAGCAGUAACGUGAACUUCUGCAGUCCCCAAAUCUCAUGCGGCGCAUGCGGCUCUUCCUCCUCACAAUACAUGAAGGAGUCUACAUCCCAAGAUCUUCCCAACUUAUCUUCCACUGCUGGAUCUUCCGCCUCGGCUCCCAAAGACAUUCCAGAGUCCUCCGAAGCCUGUGAGAAGAUCAACCCUCUCUUCUCGUGCUCCCCGUACUAUAAGAAAUCCAUCCUGAGCAGCUCUGAGGGCAUCUUGGACUCGGUUUCUCGCUCAAGGAGAGAGCGAACCAUCUCUUGUUCAUCUGCUGCUUCUGAUGGUUGGGGAGUGUCGAGCGAGAUCGCGCAAAAACAGUUUUAUUUCCGGGUUCUUGAAGUUCAGCAGAAUGAGAAUGAGGAGAACAAACCAUGCAAAGAGCUGCAUGUAGAAAUGGACAAGCGAAUGCCUUUGUUGUCAUUAAAGCGACAUCUUGCCCACUUUGUAGGCACAGCUACAAGAAGGUUUGUCAUCUACAGGAAAUACGCCAGUGGUCAAGAGAAUGAGAUGAGUCAAUUAACAGAAGAUUUUCGAUCAAUUCCUAAUUCGACGUUGUUUGUUGUUAAACUGGGUCGUGCUUUACGUAAAGAUGAAUAUCGAUGCAAACUUUAUCAACUGAAGCUUUACGAGGAGGAGACUGCCAAACCAUUAAUGAAUUGGGUGAUACAACGUGGGUUGACAGUUGGUGACGCACGUAACUUGCUGUGUGAAGAUAUAAGUGAACAAUGUGAUAUACAUACUCAACCAGAGAGAAUUCGUAUUCGUAAGAAAAUGUGGAAGACACCAAGCCAAGUUUAUCUUGAAAACGAUAAAUUUGGGACGAACAUCAGUUUGUACGGAACCAUUGAGUUUUUCAUUGAAUUCCUUGAUAAACCUGAACCAAAGACAGCGGCCAAUCAGCUUGUGUUGUUGUGUCGUCGAUGGAGACCAUCUUUACUUAAGUUUGAAGAUUUUGAGGAAGUUGUUUUAAAAGACGAAGUUGUUUCAUCGACUUACUUGGGGUGGAACGCAGAUCAUCUUCGAAAACAACUUGCCGUAGUUAGUGGGAUACCAAUCGACGAUAUACAAAUGGCAAAGGGACGUGGUAUGUUCCCAUUCAGAACCAGUGUAUUAGAUGCUGAUACAAGCCUUGAUUGGGUUCCUACAUCAACAAGCCCUCAUACUUUCUCCAUGCAUCUUACUGAGGAUGGAACUGUUGUAUUUUACAGAGAUAAAAACGAGGAAAUAAAAGAGAUAACAGAGGAAGAAAGAAAGAUAAUCAUGGACGAAGAGAUGAAAUCAAAUUCAACCAUAUCGGCUUCCACUAAAACUAACAAAGAACUGAACGGACCUUCAACAAAACCAGUUUCUUACCGACGAGAAAAAGCUUUGAAAAUCUUUAUUCCGCCUUCAAGAAACAAAGAAGUUACAACAGAGCUAUAAACCUCCCAACAGCUGCCAGCAUGUUACUUUCUACCCAUAUGCGCCUACCAUUUAAUAACACAGGGGAUGCAGUCAUAGAUAGACAUACAAUUCUGUGAAACGUAUUUCGACCCAUUGGUUGUAAUGAAAAAUUUCAAGGGUUGGACUACCCACUCUGCCACCCAAGGUUCUGCGCUUAAAAGGUCAAAGAUUCUAUGUAGAUGGAGUAUACUGCAAGAGAUUGAAGUAUCAAAAAUGGUCACUUCGUUUCUAUACAGAGUUUACUUUUCUUUCUGGUAAAAUAUCCUCAACCCUACUGGCUAUUCAAGAAGCCAAAUAAUAUAACAACACACUGCAAGGUGCUUUCUUGUUUUUAAACCUACGACAGCAAUACCCAAAUUCACAGUACCAGCAAAUUGUUAUGUGUAGAUGUUAUCGUUGUCUUACUGGACAGCAUUUGUUAAUUCUUUUUUUACAUAUAAUGACAACGCUUGAAGUUUUGUUCCUAUAAGCUGUGCUUCUCAACCUCUACGUCACGAUUUAAAACUAGGUCACCAUUUGAUUUGGUUGCCACUACAGCAGUUUGCAAUAUCUUUUGGCUGUGGUUUUAAAUGUUAAAUUAAUUUAUUUCAUGCCUGCAAAAAGUUGUAUCAAAUGUAAAUUCGCUGUUAAUUAAUUUAAUAUUUGGUUUGUGUCAUUGAACAGUUAAGAAGAACUGCUAUGAAGUGUACCAAAGUGCUUUUCUCUUUAAAUUGGUGUGCACUAUGUUAUUUACAGUUCGUACACAGAGGAAAACUGGAUGUGCUAUAUACAAAUAGAUGCUUGCGGUGUCAUAAUGUCGUUUGCAUUUUUAAAGCUUUGUUAAAAUAGCAUCGAUUCGUGACAAUAAAAGUUAAUGUUGAUAAA